AUGGCUCCCACUGUUGUGCAAUUAAGGCCAAUCGCUCAUGUGGCAAGACUAGGCUUGCGGGCUAAAGUUUCUCAGCCAACUAUUAGUGUAGCGCUAAGCCAGCGCAGAUGGAACUCUGUAGGUGCAAAUACUACCUCCGAAGCAGCCAAGGCUACCGCGAAAUCUCCUAAUCCUGACGAAAACCUAAAUGGCAGCUCCGCGAUUGUAGGGAACUCGAAGCAGAAGCAGAAAGAACCGCUUAUGCAGCGAAUCAAGCAUGAGAUUAGGCACUACGUCAACGGAACCAAACUCCUAGGCUACGAAAUCAAGAUUUCAACCAAACUUCUUUUUAAGCUGGUCGAAGGCUACGAGCUCUCGAGACGUGAGAAAAAUCAGCUCAAAAGAACAAUGGGCGACGUUUUUCGUCUAGUACCGUUCAGCGCGUUUCUCGUCAUCCCUUUCGCAGAACUACUCUUACCAAUCGCUCUGAAAGUCUUCCCCAAUCUUCUGCCCUCUACUUACGAAUCUGGUAGCGCUAAGCAAUUGAAGAAACAGAAGCUCAACGAUGUGCGUAACAACACCUCGAACUUUUUACAAGAGACUCUCGAAGAAUCAUCUUUGAUCAGUUAUAACUCCAUCGAGAGCGCGGAGAAGAAGAAAAAGUUCCUCAACUUUUUCAAAAAGUUGAACUCUCCAAAAGACGGCAACGACAACGUCUUCACACAUGACGAGAUUCUCACUGUAGCGCAAAUGUUCAAAAACGACAGUGUGUUGGAUAACUUGUCUAGGCCCCAAUUGGUGGCCAUUGCCAAAUAUAUGUCCUUAAGACCCUUUGGUAACGACAAUUUGCUGCGUUACCAAAUUCGUUACAAUCUGAAAAAUAUUAUGGAGGAUGACAAAAUCGUAGACUAUGAAGGCGCCGAAGCUUUAUCAAAUGAGGAACUUUACCAGGCUUGUAUUUCUCGUGGUAUUAAAACGUUUGGUGUUAAACGCGAAGAUUUGAUUGAAAACAUGAACAUGUGGCUAGAGUUGAGAUUAAGACAUAAAGUACCAAGCGUUCUGAUGAUCCUCAGCAGUGCAUACACAUUCGGGGGCCUUCAGAUGGAAGAAGCCAAUGCGCAUUCUACUUCUGCACAAGAUGUUGAUGACAGCAAAUUCAAUCAACUCAUGGAUCUCUACUACGAUGGUAUAUUGCAAGUCUUGUCUUCCAUCCCUGAUCCCGUCUACAACGUUGCCAAAUUGGAUGUAAGUGAAUCCAAGGAACAGAAAGCGGAUGAAGUCGCAAGAGCCGAAAAAGCCGAACAAGCCGAACUUUCACAAGAUGCUCAGGCAGCUACCUCGACCGCAGGUAUCAAAGCUGCUGGGGAGACGGUCGCUAGAACCUCUUCACCCGAAACCCCUAGCGAUGCAUCCUCUGCUGGCAAAUCUGCUCCACAUAAACCAAAACCAGAGGCAGAAGAAGAUGAAGAAGUUGAUAUUUCGCGUUCUGACGACAACGAGUUCAAACUCAACGUGUUGAAAGAACAAGAAGCGAUGAUUAAGAAGGAGGAGGAGGAGGCCAAAAAGAGAACCUCCAGACAAACUGUCGAGGACGACAUAGAUUUGAACGAGGACGCUUCUAAUGCCCCGGUGCCCAUAAAGGAUGCUGCCGAGGUAUCGUUGACAAAGAAAGAAUGA